AUAUUGAAUCCUUCUUUGGAAGUUCAUUCAUUAGAGUAAAAGCACAUUUUUUUGCUAUAUGAAUGAAUGAAAGUAUCUCAUCUUUCAUUCUCAUUUCUCAAAGUUUAGCAUAAUGUCAGAGAUGUGUGAACCAAAUUCAGAGAAAGCUAGUGAAAUUAGUGCUGAGUCUCCAACUACACCAGUUGGAGCACAACCAGUAGAAACUGCUGAACCCAAAAGCAGUGAAAGAGUCAAAGCCACAAGACACCCAAGAUGGACUAGACAAGAAACACUUGUUCUAAUUGAGGCAAAGAAAGUGAUUGAAAAUGGAGAUCAGGUUUGCAGAUACAGAUCAUCAACAUCAGGGCUUGUUCAAACCGACCCGAAAUGGGAUUUGGUUUCAUCAUUGUGUCAGCAACAUGGUGUCAAAAGAGGAGCUGUUCAGUGCAGGAAAAGGUGGGGAAAUCUUCUGACUGAUUUCAGGAAGAUCAAGAAAUGGGAGUCAAAUAUAAAGGAUGAGUCUGAGUCUUUUUGGAUAAUGAGAAAUGAUGUGAGGAAAGAAAACAAAUUGCCUGGUUUCUUUGAUUCUGUGGUGUACAAUGUGCUGGAUGGAGGGGUUUGCACUGCUGCUGCAUUCCCACUGACACUGAUCAAGAUGAUGCCGAGAGCAGAGAAUGGUGAUCAAGUUGAAGGUGUGCCGGCGUUAGAGCAAUGUAAUAAAGAGGAUGAAAAUGAAGAGGAUGAGGAUGAGGCUAUUGUUGAUAGUGACAAAAUGGAAUGGAGCACUGAGGAGGAAAACAAUGAGACAAACAUUAUGGUUAACAGUCCAUUCAAAGCACCAAAUGCUAAGAAAUCCAACAUUGUAGGGGGGCUCAAAGUGACACCUCCUCCACCAAUCACACUGCCUGGUUCUGCAGAGAGACCGCCACACCCAUUUUUCCAAGGGAACUAUGAUCCAGGAUGUCAGAGAGAAGCUUUGUUCAAUGAGGGCUACAAAAGAAAGCGAUUAUCAUCAGACAAUUCCGAAGACACUGCAGAUUUUAAUGAAGAUGUCAUCAAAGUGCUAAGAAGGAAUAGUAACAUACUGAAAACUCAUCUUGGAGCUCAGAACAUGAAUUCCCAACUGGCCAGAGACCAGCAGAAGCAGCAAAAUGACAGCUUAGUUGCAGCCCUUGGCCGGCUUACUGAUGCUAUCACAAAAAUUGCUGACAAGAUGUAGACAAACUCAAGAGAAUGAAGUAUUCUUCAUUGCAAUCAGACAUAGUAUCCGUGGACAAGGAUCUUUCAAUCACUUUUGAAUUUGGCACUUGAAGUAUGAAUUAUUCCCCUUCAGUUUUUUUUUUUUUUUUGCUGGAUAUCGUUUAUUUCUUUCAAUCACUUUUGAAUUUGGCACUUGAGUUUAUUGUUAUCAAUUUUCCCCUUGAAGUA